GUUCAAAUUUUCAUUGUCAGAUACUAAAGGAAUCUGCUGCACCUUCUGACAGGUCUUUAGAAAUUAAUUGUAUCUAUACUGGACAAGCAACAUGGAUGAGGAAUUUGAUAAGAAGAAAGCCCACAAUAAAAGGCAUGCUGGCCGCAGUGCUGACAAAAAAGCUGAAAAGAAUAAGCAUAUUCAAGAAUACACAGACAAACAGCGCAAUCCCAAGGCAUUUACUUUCAAAUCAGCUGUAAAUGCAAGAAAUAAUUUUCUAAGGAAGCAGAAUUUGCAGCACAAGAAACAUCACAUCCCAGUGGUAGACAGAACUCCUCUAGAGCCUCCACCUGUAUUUAUUGCAAUUGUUGGUGGUCCAUGUUCUGGGAAGAGUACUCUGAUGCGCUCCUUGAUUCGGAUCUACAGUAAACAGAGGCUCACAUCUAUUGCUGGCCCUGUCACUGUUGUGUCUGGCAAGAAGAGAAGAGUGACAUUUUUUGAAGUGAACAACGAUCUUAAUUGUAUGAUUGACAUUGCUAAAGUGGCAGACCUGGUCUUGAUGCUAAUUGACAUCACUUUUGGUAUCGAAAUGGAAGUCUUUGAAUUCCUGGAGAUUUGUCGAGCUCAUGGCACUCCAAAAAUUAUGGGGGUCCUUAAUCACAUUGAUGUCAUGAAAGAUAACAAGUCUCUCAAGAAACAGAAGAAGGCCUUAAAGCAACGUUUCCAGGUUGAACUUUAUCCUGGAGCAAAACUAUUCUACUUGACUGGUAUGAUCCGUGAUGAGUAUAUGCUUCAUGAAGUCAAAAAUUUAAGCCGCUUCAUUGCUGUGAGCAAAUUUCGACCAUUAACAUUUCGAUCUUCUCAUCCAUAUGUUGUUGUUGACCGAUGGGAAGACCUCACUGAUGCUGAAGCUUUAAGAAAUACCAAGUGUGACAGAGAUGUGGUGCUCUAUGGUUACGUCAGGGGCGCCACUCUCAAGCCCGGCCAGCAAAAAGUGCACAUACCAGGUUGUGGGGACUUCGUGUUGGACAGCAUCCAGUUUCUGCCCGAUCCUUGCCCCCUGCCGUCGCACGAGAAGAAACGAUCGCUCACCUCCGAGGAGCACCUACUGUAUGCGCCCUUCUCAGGCGUGGGGGGCGUCGUGUAUGACAAGGACGCCGUCUAUAUUGACCUGGGUGGCUCGCAACACGGCCGCUACAUCAAGGAGCAGCAGGAGAAAGAGAAGAAGCUAUUGCAGCAGCAGUUUGUGCAGUCUGGUGUGACUAAAAGUGUGGAGGCUCGUGCCGAUCAAGACGAUGAAGAUGAUGACCAUGACGAGGGCAACGCUGAUGAGGACAGCGAUAACGACGAGGAAGCAGAAGACGACGAUAACGAAGGAGCAGUGCAGCUCAUGAGCAGACUGCAGCGCUUGUCAGCGAGCGCCGCUGACGGCACACGUCGCGUUCAGCUCUUCGCAGGCGGCGAGCACAUCAUCUCUCAGAGACCCGAGCCUCGAUACAACAACCCUGGUGCUGGAGGGCUCCCGAGCUUCGAGAGCGUCGUGGACCAGACCGGCCGAGUGCGAAGGCGUGCGCUAAUACCUGAGAACGAGGAGUACCGCACCAGCGGCGGCAUGGCUGAUGCGGGGCGCGGCCCAGCUCCUGCUGGGGGCGAUGAUGACAACUCCAGUGAUGAGAACGACUCUAUUGACGACGACAGCGAAGAGGGUGAUCAAGAUGACAAAGAAAUCGAGUCUGAUGGUGAUGAACAAGAAGAUAUGGAUAACGAUGAAAAUGAUGAAGUAAAGUCGGAUGAUGAAUCAGAUACGGAAGUUCUUCCCAAGAAAAGAAAGGCGCAUGAUUCGGGUGUCAUCAACACAAAUGUGACCAGCAAGAAGAAGCCCAAACUGGAGGGCACGGACGCAUUCUCUAAGAUCCAGAGCGUCCUGCAGUCGCUCGAGGAGGAUGAGGAGGGCCAAACCUCGUCAGGAACUGAUGACGUUGGCUAUGCCAGCGGCGACGUAGGCACCUCUGGCACAGCAGAUCCAGACGAUGAAGAUGAGGGAGAUGAAGAGAAUGAUGGCGAUGAUGAAUACCAACGCCUCAUGUUCGAAGAAGCUCGUCAGAAUUACUUCGAGCAUCAGAGCGAUCCUCUCACUGUGGAUGCUGCUGUGUAUGGCGAUGAAUUGGUUCGUGGGUACGGGGAGGAAGAGAUCUACGGCGGACAAGGGGACAAGCCUAGGGUGCCAGUGGCUGACGAGGACGAUGAUGACGGAUUCCUGCAGCGGGUCGAAGUAGUCAAGACGAUCUAUGACGAGCGCGAUAGCAGCUGUCGCAAGUAUGGCAAUGUCCUGAGGGAGUGGAAGGACGACUACAGCGCCGAAAAAGAUAGUAUAAAAGAUUGCUUCGUAACUGGCAAGUGGAAGGACAGUGAAGACGCCCAAACGUUGCUGAAGCUUGACCAGGGCGACCUCUAUGGAGACUUUGAAGAUCUGGAGACUGGCACCAAGUUCCAAGGGGAGGAUGAUGACGAGACCGACAAGAAAGAUUCUGCUGCGGAUGAAUUUGCUGCAGCAACAACCAACAAAUCAGAAAAUAGUCGCAAGCAAAGAAUAAUAGAAAAGAAGAAAAAAAUCAAGGCUAGGCUUCUGGAAAAUGAAAUGGACUCAAAUACAGACUAUUUUGAUAGCUGGAAGGCAGACAUGGCUCAGCAGGCUGAAUUAAACCGGACCGAGUUCGAGAGUCUGAGCGAUGAGGUGCGAGUGCAGUAUGAAGGCUUCAGAGCGGGCAUGUAUGUAAGGCUGCGCUUCAAGAGCCUGCCAUGCGAAUUCGUCAUCAACUUUGACCCCACAUACCCUCUGAUCGUGGGAGGACUCAAGGAGGAGGAGAGCAUGAAUGUUUACAACCGAGUGCGAAUGAAAGUUCAUCGUUGGUACCCCAAGAUCUUGAAGAACCGCGACCCCCUCAUCCUCUCGGUGGGAUGGCGACGUCUCCAGACGAUGAUGUAUUAUGGCAAACGUGAAGACGAUCUCAAACUUCGGUCUCUGAAGUAUGCCAAGAAAUAUUUACACGUUGAAGGCCUGUUUUGGGGCCCCGCUUCGCCCGUCGGUACGGGGUUUGUUGCUUUCCAGAGCGUGUCUGACCGCGUGAGGAACUUCCGCAUUGCCGCCAACGGCGUCUUGCUGGACAAUGAUAAAAGCACUACGAUGGUGAAGAAGUUGAAGCUGCUUGGUCACCCCAGAAGCGUAACAAAGAAAACUGCUUACAUCACAAAUAUGUUCCAUUCAGAAACCGAGGUAGCGGCAUUUUUGGGCGCCAAGAUACAAACUCAGUCUGGCAUCAGGGGUCUCGUUAAGGCUAGCAAUGGUCUGAAGGGCGAUUUUAGGGCCAAAUUUGAAGACACCAUAAAAAUGAGCGACGUUGUCCUAUUGAAGACUUGGACUAACGUUGAGGUUGCCAAGUAUUGUUCGUAUGUGCGCUCCCUGCUGUUGACGCCGGAGCAGAAAGCACACUGGCAGGGAAUGAAGACGGUUGCUCAAGUUAAAAAGGAGAAGAACAUCAGGAAUGAACCCAACAAAGACUCUCUGUACACGGAGAUCACACGGCGACGAACGUACGUGCCGCAGCCGAUGAAGGUACCGCGGUCGCUGCAGGCAGCCCUGCCGUACAAAUACAAACCAAAGCACCAGACCGCCGUCGCGGAGGAGGAGCGCGUGCUCGUCGUCAAGGACCCGCACGAGGAGAAGAUGGACCGCUUCAUGAACCGGUACCGGGAAUUGCUGGAGGAGAAGAAAAAGCAAAGCAAGAUCGCCAUGAAGGCCAAGAAAACAAAGUUCCUCAAGAAGAAGAAAGAACAGGACAUGUUCAGAGCAAACAGGGAGAAGAAACAGAAAACAGCCGCGUGCAAGAAAUACAGCCUCAAGCACCCCAAGAAACCAUGAAAAUUCAAAUAAAUUUAUUGCGAGA